AUGGCGGCGAACCUCCGCCUCCUCCAUCUCCUGCCGGGGACGGAGCUGUGCCUGAGGUCCCGUGCGCUUACCCUCCUCUCCUCCUCGCGGGCACAUGGGAUGAUUCAUUGCCGGCGCGAACCUCCGCGCCAGAAGCUUGUGACCUACCGGCAAGGUGCUUUUGAAGAGGGAAAUGCAGGUGGUCAAUCUGAAUCAAUUUUAUGUGGGCUAGACGAGGCCCUGGGAAGUAUUAUGAUGAUCCUUUCAUCAGCUAUUUUUUGUUUGACUCCAAACAGAGAUCAUGGAUGCAUCUGUAAGAAAGGGCUUAACAGGUUAUUCCCAUCUGACAUCUCAUGGAAUUUGGUUUGUCUUAAGAAAUUUAGAAAAUCAAAAUAUCAGCAAGUCUCGAAAGAGGAAGGGGAAGGCAAGGCGAAUGACCCUGGCGUCAUGUUUAUUGAAACCAGUGCUAAAGCUGGGUUUAACAUUAAGAGUGGUGACUGUUUGAAGACAUCUAAGUCAAGGUGGUGCCGGUCUCAAGCUAAACCUGAAUCAAAAUGGAAGCUUGUCAAGAAGAAAGCAGCGGCGGUUUUAAGAAUGGCAAAGUAUAUGUUACUUAUUGUGUAG